AGCCAAGUAGCAGCAGACUCCCAGCAUCCCUUGCGCGCGGAAUGGCGGGUAGUGGCAUGAAGAAGUAAACUAGCCUGUAUAUUCCCUGGAUAGCCCGUUACCGUCAUGUCGUCGUUUGUGACAGAAGUGCUCGCCAGCUCAGGUAAACUGGAGAAAGAUGACCUCGCCUGCAAAAUCUCCAAACUAUCACGGAAAGUGGAAGAAACUAAGGAAGAGGUUACGGACAUGAUAAAUAAAAAAUAUAUUGAGUUCAUACCCAGUAUGGAGGGAGCAGAAGAGCUUUUAGACCAGGUUGAUUCCGUUUCCAAAGACAUUGAUUUAUUAAAGAGCUGCAUUGAAAAUGAGGUUCAGCAGAACCUUCAUGAUGCUGUAACGGAGUAUGCCAAGCUUAAACAGCAGCUAGAGAAAAACACUGCAGUCAUAAACCUGCUCCAACAUCUCCAAGAGUUUGACACAGCAAUAGAAGAAUAUCACAGGGCCUUGCAGGAAAAGAAUUAUGUGGUUGCCGCAAAGCAACAUGGAACAGCACGAGCUUGUGUUGAUGCCUUGAAAACCUGGAAAGACACAGAGUUGCCUAUAGUGCGGGCCCUCAGUUCAGAAAUCACAAUACAGAGAGAGAAUCUCAUCUAUCACCUUGGAGAAGAGUGGCAGAAACUGGCAGUCUGGAAACUUCCUUCCACUAAAACCGAGCUCACUGGUGCAAAAUCAUUCCUGAAGUCUGCACUUCAUUUGAAUAAAGGAGGAUCUAAGGUGGAUGAAUCUGUCCCACAUGCUCUUCUGUCCAGCAUUCUCCAGGCCCUCUCCAUUCAAGGAGAACUUCAUAAAAAGAUUAAACUGUUUGGGCAAGUGUUGUUUAAGUAUAUACUGAAGCCGCUCAUCUUAUACCCUUCAUUGGUGGUGGAAGUGAGCAGUCAGCCGGAGCAGGGUGCUGUCCUGAGCCUCCAGUGUAUAGAAACCAAAGCAGAGCAUCCAGAUCCCAGCCAAGUUUACACCAAAGUGCUCACUGUGCUCAAGACGUUGCAUGAACACCUUUUUGAUGUGUCGGUAGAUGAAAAGAAAGUGUCUGAAAUUUUAGGAGGUCUGAUAUGGGAGGAGAUGUCCGAGUGCAUUAUUCGUGAAUGCUUGGUUCAUUCCAUUCCAGCUAACAGCAGUCAGCUAGCCGAGUAUAGCGAGGUCAUCAAACAGACAGAGGAUUUUGAGAGCAGUCUGAAAGAGAUGGGCUACCUCGCAGGGGACUCCACAGACCUUUUAAAAUACGCCAGGAACGUCAACUGCCACUUCGCAAGCAAAAAAUGCCAAGAUGUCAUCGUGGCUGCACGGAAACUGAUGACUUCUGAAAUGCACAACACAGUGAAAAUCACUCCGGAAUAUAAACUCUCAAUCCCAAAACUACCGAAUCCUAGCGGAGGAGAGAAGGAGAGGAAGGAGUCGAGUAAAAGAAGUGGCCAUUAUGAUCAGAGUCUGGAGAAUGAGAAGCAGUUGAGUCCUAAUACUCUGUGUCUUCCUGUGUGUCGCAUUAGUGAGUCUGUGCAGCAGCUGAUGGACUUGGCCAUACAAACUCUGUCUGAGGCGGUGGGCAGCUCCCCCCAGUGCGGGGUCCAGCUUUUCUAUACCGUCCGAAACAUUUUUCAUCUGUUCUAUGAUGUUGUGCCUACUUAUCACAAGGAUAACUUCCUGAAGUUGCCUCACUUGGCAGCCAUCCAGCACAAUAACUGCAUGUUCAUCGCUCACCAUCUUUUAACCUUGGGUUUUCAGUUUAAACCUUACCUUCCUUUGAAAGAUGGAGUGGCUUAUUUUGUAGAUUUGGUCCCAGGUUUCAGAAGACUGGGUGCUCUGUGCUUUGUGGCACAAAUGAACGUUCAGAAAGCAGAGAUGUUGGAGAGACUGUCCACUGCUCGUAACUUCUCCAACUUGGAUGAUGAAGACAAUUACUCUGUCGCCAGUAAAGCUAUCAGACAAGUUAUUCAUCAGCUGCGGAGGUUAGGAAAAGUUUGGCAGGAUGUCCUACCUGUGAACAUAUACUGCAAAGCCAUGGGGACUCUCCUCAAUACUGCAAUAUUAGAACUGAUUAAUAAGAUUAUGAUGUUGGAGGACAUCUCCAAUGUGGACGGUGAGCGACUGCGAACACUGUGUCAAACCAUCAUAGAAGAGGGACCACUAGUCUUCAAUCCACUGCCGGAUGAGAACAAGAACAAAAAAUAUCAAGAAGAGGUUCCUGUAUAUGUAAAGAAGUGGAUGACGUUAAAAGAGAUCUCCAUGGUGCUAAACGCUAAUCUACAGGAGAUUGUGGACAGGUGGGCAGAGGGCAAAGGGCCUCUGGCGGUGGAGUUCUCCUGUAAUGAGAUGAAGAGCCUCAUCCGAGCCCUGUUUAAGAACACAGAGAGACGAGCAGCGGCCCUCGCUAAAAUAGUCAAAUAAGCAACCAAAAGACCAAUGCACUUCUAACGCAACAUUAUGCUACACGAGGCUUUUUCUUGCAUAUAAUGAAUAUUCUAUUUUUCUAUUUUGCUGAAAAAUGCGUUACAAUAAAUGCUGUUCUAAGCACAUGCCUGUUUUAUUUUGUUAUCAGUUUAUGCUCGAAAAAUAGCUAAAUAAACUGCUGCUUUGGCAUGUAAACUUCUCUUAGGCUGUCGUAAGUGUUUCAAUGUACAAUUCAGCCAAAGAAUAAAGCUGGCAUGUUUUAAA